AUCCUCGCUGGAUAAAGCCUUAUCUCAGAUAUCACAAAGGCUAAACAGUUCGGUAGGCGGGGCGGCUGGUGUUGGAGCUCCGCCCAGAAACACAAAAAUACGGCAAGACUCGUGAAAGCGCCUAACAGCGGCGUGCAGGACCGCAGGCGGGCGCCUGCCACACCGAAAGAGGCGCGGCGAGGAAACAGCGGCCAUCCGGACGACUGAGCAUCUGUGCGCUGACAGAGCAGCCUCGAUUUAGAGCUACAUAACGCACAGCUUUGCCAUGGAGCUCUUUAGCAUGAACCACUACUAUGCCAUAGACAAGUGGAUAAACAAUGCAGUGGAUAAGCUAUUCGGAGAGAGAGAUCCAAGAGUGCGAGGAUGGCUGCUGCUGGACUCCUGCACACCUACUCUGCUCCUCACCUUCAUCUACCUCCUGAUAGUCUACCUGGGAUCAAAAUACAUGAAGAACAGGCCAGCCUACUCACUGAAGAAUGUUCUGCUACUGUACAACUUCUCAGUCACCAUGCUGUCAUUUUACAUGCUGGUGGAGCUAAUUUCAGCAACCUGGUCAGCAGGCUACCGUCUGAAAUGUCAAGCCCUUUUUGAUGCAGGGGAGGGCGACAUCAGGGUGGCAAAAGUGCUGUGGUGGUACUACUUCUCCAAGCUGAUUGAGUUUCUGGACACCAUCUUUUUCGUUUUGAGGAAAAAGAACAAUCAGAUCACCUUCUUGCAUGUGUAUCACCACGCCUCCAUGUUCAAUAUCUGGUGGUGCGUCAUGAAUUGGAUUCCUUGUGGACAAAGUUUCUUUGGGCCCACAUUGAACAGUUUCAUCCACGUGCUGAUGUACUCCUACUAUGGUCUGUCCACCAUCCCCUCCAUGCACAAAUACUUGUGGUGGAAACGCUACCUCACGCAAGCCCAGCUGAUCCAGUUUAUACUAACUAUAACACACACACUCAGUGCAGUGGUUUUCCCUUGCGGAUUCCCACUGGGCUGCCUGCUGUUUCAGUCCAGUUACAUGGUUACACUCGUCAUCUUGUUCAUCAACUUCUAUCUGCAGACAUACAGAAAAAAGCCAGCAAGAGAUCCCAAAGCUGGAGAGAUUGCAAGAAAUUACACAAACGGUGUCUCGUCUGUCAUCAACGGAGCCAAACAUAAACUACUGUAACAACAGUACAUAACUCAAGAUUCCUCUUCUCAAUCCAAUUAUGCGGAGACACUAAUCUGAUAGCAGGGAUAAUCCUCUGUAAUUAUUCUGUAAUCAUGGUUUUUGUAUAGACCACUAUUUUUAACCUGUUUUUAUAUCACGUUUUGGUUCAUUCCUCUAAAGACUUGACAGUAACUCGAUGUUCUGAACGUUUGAAAAUAUUACAAGUCUCACAGAGACAUAUGCAUAACCACAGCUGUUAUCAUUGGGGAAAAAAACUUACCAUCCAUCAUCAUUCAGAAAUUCAUUGGUCUAAACGUUUCUCACUCUUUGAGAAUCAUAUUCAGAAUCUAUGUAGGAAACAUGAAUUUACCAUCACAAUAAUCCUGGACUGACCACCAUAACAGUAUUGAGACCAUCAUUCAUUGAAAGAUUCAUUAGAGCUCAGGUCUUUCUGCAGUAAAAGUCCUGCAUAUAAGGACUGAAUGUAUGGUAAAGCUGUAGGCAUUCAUAAGCACAUCAUUGUGCAUUUAUAAAAGCGGUGCCUUGUGGAAGUAUUCAAAAACCCGGUAUUACUUUUUAUUUUGCCUCGUUACAAACAACUCCUCUUCAUGUAUUUGUGUGAACCAUCGUAGUGAAACAGAAAUCCAUCUAAACCUGAAAUUCACUUCUAUGUCUUUGUUUAAAUGAACCAAAAUAUGUCAUAUCCCACAUUUGUAAACCCUAGACAUCGAUUCAUUCCAGGUGAGUGGUAUUUUUGUUCCAGUAACUGUUUUCAGAUCCAGAAACUUUACUACCUCGGACCUUAUUUAUAAUAUUUGCACCAAUUUAUCAACCUUCAUAUACCAGGUACAAGUUCCCAAGCUUAAUAUGAAUAAUUCUUAGAACAUUCUUGCAUAAACAUGUGCUUGAACCGAGCCUCCAUAUGGUUGUCCACAUGUGGUUUUUGAGUGUAGUUUUUGCAUUAGAAAAUGCUUUUCAGUCUGGGUUGCCAAACAAAAAUGGCAGACUUGCACUGUGGGCUAUAAGGGCAUCCAAGCAACAAAAAUAUUUUAACUAUCUGCCCUUUAAAAACAACUUGAACCCUUGUGCACUAGUAUCAGUAUGUUCAUGUUAAGUUCUACUAUAAGCAUGUUUGAGUUGGCAGGUUUUCUCUUUAAAGUAGAUGCAUCAGAAAUGUUGUCCAUGGUAAUUAAUGACGUGAUGCAGAUGCAGCAGAUAGAGAUUAGACUGGAAAAAUGCUGGAGUAUUUUAUAGACAUAAAUUAAAUGUUGCUAUUUUAUAAAUGAGGCCCCGAUGUUUGAUUAUACCUCAUGGCUGGUUUCUUCCACCUCCUUUAAAUUGCCUGGACAUUGCCCAGAGACUGCAGUACUAAAGCUGUGCAACAGGUGGAUGAAAACAGGGUGAUUCAUAGACUUCAGUGACACUGUUUAAAUUUUAAGAAAUGUAGCUCUCAGAGCUCUGCUCUUCUGUUCCUGCUGAACGGUUUUCAUGCUGUACAUAUACCUACACUGUGUCUUUCACUUUCGACUGUAACAUUUGUGACCAGAACUGAUGAUUUGUAGCCUGGAGGUCAGAGUUUUAACAGUACUGUUUGUUCCAGCUGUCGCUGUGCUCUGUCAUGAUGUUCCACUGAAUUUUUUGCUGAAUGUUCCUUUCAAUCAGCUCUUUGCAUGGCUGAUGCAGUAUUUUCUCUGAAAUAUGUUUUCAGCAUCUCUUUCAUUCUCUAUACCUGCUAUAAUUUCUAAGUGCUAUGUUCAUGUUCUGUACUGCUCUUUGAAAGACCAUGCAUGAGUGCUAGAUCUCUCCACCAUUCAUAGGCCUAAAUCCAAGCCAGGGCUAUCUGCAAAUCAGUGCUUUCAGACAGCUAGAAUGUAAACAAAAAUGUACUGCACAAUCUCCACCACUCGGGCUAGUUGAUUCUCCACCAUAAAUGUCAGUGAAGGCCUCACUUUUCAGGCCUACUGUUUCAAUUGGGGCAAAUUGUGCUCUAUAAAAAGUGACCCUCUGCUGUAAAUUUUUCAUACAUUAGCAAUUACCUUUCAUACUUUACCAUUACAUUACCAAUGUAUGAAAACCAGCUCUAGGAAUUUAUUUUGCUGUACAUUAGAAAAUGUUGGAUUAUUUUUCCAUUCUAUAGCAGUUUUUACUUUGUAAAUACAAUUAGAAAUACUCAAAUCUAAAACAAAUCAAGGUAAUUUACUAAACAACAUGUGCCUAUACUUGUGUUUGGCAAUGUUCUGUGGCAUAUUUGUUCUCAUGUAUAUGUUCAUUUUUAUGUUCCUUUGGACAAUAAACAGUUCUUUGCAAAAUAACAAA